CUUCCUGCUUCUUCUGGAAGCUCUGUCUUGGAUGCUACCCAGACCAUUGCUGCCGGUGAUUCUUUCGACGGUGGCAUGUUUAUGUAUGAUCGUGGCGUCAGCUGCACUGGUCAGGAUGAAGGCGGUGAUAGCGAUGCUGUGUUUAUCAUCGAGAACGGCGGUUCUCUCUCCAAUGUCAUCAUCGGCCCCAAUCAGAUUGAAGGUGUUCACUGCGAGGGCGCCUGCACCCUCACCAAUGUCUGGUGGUCCGCCGUCUGCGAAGAUGCCUUCACUGUCAAAGAGCAAGACGCUGGUGAAACGACCUACAUCAACGGUGGCGGUGCUUUCAACGCCGACGACAAAGUUAUCCAACAUAACGGCGCUGGCACAAUUUCCAUCUCCGAUUUCACUGUUGACACCUUCGGCAAACUCUACCGCUCCUGCGGCAACUGCGACUCUAUGUACGAACGCCACGUUAUCAUUGACGGUGUGACCGCGACUACGGGCAGCGAGCUGGCGGGUAUCAACGAGAAUUACGGUGAUUCGGCUACUAUCACAAACACAGUUGCGACUGAGGUGGAUGAUAUCUGUGUUACCUAUGAGGGAAAUGAUUCUGGUGAUGAGCCCACGGAAAUUGCAUCAGGCAGUGAUGGAACUUACUGCAUUUACAGC